AUGGCGAAUUUCUUUUUAGCAUUUAAGUUUUAUUCAAUACAGAAAUCACCUGAUAAAUCACUACAACUUGAUUUUAAAGAGGCCAUGGUUGAUUAUGAAACACCUUUUAAAAAAUUAGAAUCGAUUCUUGAAUCUACACAUGAAAGCGAAUUAGACAGCGUUACAAAUAAAUUUAGUGUUGCUUUUUCAAGGUCAGUAUUUCAGCCUGGCUAUGAGGGAACAAAAAAGCCUGUAGAAGACGAAUUUAUCAACAAUGCGUAUUCUAUAAAAGAUACCGUUGCGUUUUCACCCUUACUGUUUUUUAAUAUAGCUGGAUUUUUGGCAUCUAAUCCUUCCGAUGAGAGAAAAAAGGAAUUUACUUAUUUUUUUGAUUCUGAACUUAAAGACUUUGAUGACUUGUAUAAGGAGGUUUCUAAACACGUUAAAAAUUUAAAUUCUUUGUACUCCUCAGAAUUUAAAUCUCAAAAUUUUAUAUUUUACAGGGAUGAAAUUGUUUGGAAAUAUGGGUUAUUGAACAAAAUAAAUAAGGAAAUGAAUACAAAAGCUUAUAAAUUUAAAUAUGAACGGUGCAAUCUUCUAAAAGCGUUAAUGUCUAUUAACGAUGUAGUAAAAAAAGAAACUGGAAGUUGGUUUACUGAAAAGGUUUCUUAUGAUUUUUUUAAAAAGCCUAUUAUUUUUGUAAACACUGUUACUUUAAAUGCGACAUGGGAGAAUAAAUUCAAUCGUAGAGAAACAAAAGAUGGAGAAUUUAAUGGGGCGUACGAAAAAAUAAAAACAAAAAUGCUUUGUCAGACAGGAUUAUUUAAAAUGUAUGAUGAUGAACAGGGAGAAAUAUUAGAAAUGAAGCUUAUGUUGGAUAAUAAACCUGUAUCAUUUUUUGUUUUAGUGCCUCAAAUUUCUGAUAGUAAAUUAAGGAUUACAAGGAAGGAUGCUCUAAAAAGAAUAGCUAUGGCAAUAAAGCACUUUGAUACAGUAGAUUAUGAAAUGGUUACUGUAAAAAUGCCGGCAAUUAAAUGUUCCACUAUCACUGAUAUUAGUAAGGCUGUAAGAUUUGAUGGAUUUGAUGAAACUGUCCCUGAUUUUCUUGAUCCAUCGACUGAAAAAGGCUUAUUAAAAGGAGAAGUUUCUUAUGUAACUAAGUUUCAAUUGGAUAUUAACGAAAAUGGAUUUGGUAAUGCAAAAGGAACAGUACGGGUUCCUGAAAGAAUAAGAACAGGAAGUUAUGUUCGAGAAUUUAUAGUGGAUAAGCCGUUUGUAGGAGUCAUUUUUGAGAAACAAUUUAGAGGAUUUGAAAAAAUGCCUUUUGAAGCUUGUUUAAUGAUCUUGAAAUUUUUUGGUCCACAGACAAAUGCCAAUUAA